AUGGAUUCAGAAAUCGUAAAAGGCAAACCUCUUACAAAAGAACAGACAAAGUCUUUGCUUGGACUAAUAGAAGGUAGCAAAGUAAUAACCACCAAAACAACCAACGCCACAAACAACAAACUCAAAACUGAAGAGUGGAUUCGUUUGGCAGAGCGGUUCAAUGUCACAGCUACGAAUUGUCCAAGAACACCACAGCAGUUGCAUUUGAAGUGGGAAAAUUUAAAAAAGAACUCGCGCAAGCGCAGCACCCAAAUAAGGAUGAACCAAAUUAAGACUGGUGGUGGUCCUGCCGAUUAUAUACCUCCAGGUGACAUAUUAGACCGGGUGACCAGUCUAUUAGAAAGUACAGUCAGUGGGUUUACUGUGCCUCUUGGGGGUGAUAAGGAAAUGGCUUGGUUUGAUACAGAACAAAUAGUGGAUUCAAGUGAAACCACAAUCUCAACACCAUUAUCUAAUGAAAAAGUGAAAAAGAAAUUUAAGCCAGAUGAGAACAGGACAGCGACGAACACUGCUAUAGCUGAAUAUUAUUCAGCGAAAAAACAAUGCUUGAAUGCCAAAUUAAAUAAUAUUAACUUAGAAAAUGAUUAUUUAAAACUAAAAAAUAUAGAACUUACACUGAAUAAUGAAAAGCUUAUGUUAGAGACUGAGAAAUUAAAAUUAGAAUUAGAGAGGUUAAGAAAGCAAUAA